AUGCCGCGCCGCCAGUUCGUGGCCGAUCUUGACAAGGCGAAGACAGAUGUGCUACCAGUCGGAAUCAGCGACGUCAAGGCCGGCGAAGAUGAUGGUCAGAUCGAGUUCCUCUUCACCGGCGGUCCAAACGGACUGCCGUUUGGUGCUGUAAAGAUCACCGCCCUUGUUCCCGAACUCUCUGAGUAUCCGAAAUCACACGAGUACAUGAUCUUCGCCGGCGAUGACACACCACCUCAGAUCUCCAAUGCCCUAGAGAACGUCCGUGGCACAAACCGGAAGACAGUCUUCGAAUUACUGGACAUCAUCUCCGCCACGCUCACUCGACUGUCCCCUGACAAGGAUGGCGACUCACAGAUGCCGGACUCGCAAUUCGAGGAGGAGCAGUAUGAAGAUGAGGACGACGACGACGUCUACGACUCGGACCAUGAAGCCUUCGAGGACUCCAUACCCGCGCACAACCCAGCAUACGCCACACAAGCACCCACUGCCACCACCAAGUCCGGCACUUCGACUCGACAGUUCCGGCAGCGCAUCCGCUCCGAUCUCAGGACGGCGAAAGCUGCGGGCUUCAAAGUUGGCGUUCUUGGACACCUGAUGGAGGCUCAGAACUCGUAUGUCACCGUCUCCAUCCGCAUCUCAAAGCUGGGUGUCUCGGAGGAAGCGAUGCAGGCAUGGCAGGUCGAGCCGUCGGACUACCUGAUUCUCAUCAUCCAGUAUCCAAACGGGUACAAGACGAACGAGGAACUCCAGGGCUACGAUUCGUUGCGCCUCGUGCCAAACCUUGGAAUGAGGGUUGUUGCUGGCCGACGCUACAAGCCGACUUUACAGGAAGCCAUCAAAGCUUUUACUGUUGUGCGCAAGGAUGAACGCAUGAGCAUUGGAGGCACAAGCCUGCCGCCGCCAGAUGCAGUGGAUGCUGAGGAGUCUUCGAUCCGUGACACAUUCAUCUCCAAGCCUCUUGUCAAUCUCAUGCAGGAGCGCCUCGUGUCUUUGCUACGCUACCGCAGCGCCGGACUCGAUUGGCUCGGCGCAGAAGGUUUCUACCAAGAACAGAUCAACACGACUGCCAACGGUGGUGUCAACGCCGACAUUAUCCCAGAUCGCUUAUAUCAGAAAGAGGUGCUCUACGCCGCUCUGCCCGACAUCGUGAAAGCUGAUCACUACCAAUCACGUGGCACUACCCAGUACUCCUUCCCGCUACUCGCUAUGCAGUUUCUGGUGCGUCACUUCGUACGGUGCACGGAGUUCUGUCUGGUUUGCCAUCGCAAGCUGCAGACAGAUGUGGAAGCAAUCAAGCCAUAUGUCUGCGAGAACCCGCUGUGCUUGUAUCAGUACAUGUCUCUUGGCUUCGGACCGAGCAUUGAGCAUGAGGUACUGGCACAGCCAUAUGUCUGUGACUUACUGAUAUCUCUGUGCUACAACAGCGCAGCAACUCGUAAGCUCAAAGACUUUCCCGAUGGCCUAUCAAUCGUGGUACCACCAGUGGACUCGUCGAAGUAUAACGUCAUCGACGAAUACAGCUAUGGCUACCGCGGUCGCGGGAACACAGGGACACCAACUCCGCAGAAGAAGAGCUCGGUGGCUGCAACCAAGGCAGUAUACGAGGUUGGCUUUGACCGGAAUCGGCGUGAGAUCAUAUUUUGGGACCAGACGAUUGGUUGUCCAGUCAAGAGAGGCAGCUGGAUCGUAUUGAACUCAGAUGGGCUCGACGGCACUGAUCUACACUGCAGAGUCGCAGAGACAACAUUCUGGCCGACAAUCACCAUUGACGAGCCGGUGUCGGUACGUCAACAGCUCGGCGGUGGGACGACACCACAAACGCCAGCUGCGACAAGACCUGUCAGCCCAGCCACCACAGCGCCGCAGUGGGCAAGUGCAAGAUUCCAAGUCUACGAAGAGGACUUUGCCGACCUUGAGAAGGACGGAAAGUGUAUGGCAAUAUGCAGACUGCUCGAAACACUGCCAAAUGUACUGGAGAUGCGGGACUACUUGUCCAAGAGACACCCAGCCGAGCUGAAGCACUGGGUCGAGCGCGUUUCGUCAUCCGCUUUGACUGUCUUGCGCUGGAUCAUUGCCAGCAACCGCUCUCACAUACUGCAGGUCGAUGGCGAUGCCAAGUUCGACAGGGAUGGCAAGCCGCUGCCCAAGCACGCUUCGUCCGUAUUCACCAAGGAGCAGGAGCGUUGCUAUGGCAUGAAAGACUACAUGCAGUUUCGAUUCGCCAUGGGUGCUCCAGACAAGGAGCAGCGUUUCAUCACCGAGGUCCGCAACACUACCAGCCGUUUGAACCUCCAGUAUCCAACUCUGUUUGCAUGGCAUGGUUCACCACUCUACAACUGGCACAUGAUCAUCCGAGAGGGUCUACACUACAAGAACGUGGAUCAUGGUCGUGCAUACGGCGACGGCGUGUAUCACGCAAAGGAUUCAAGCACAUCGGGCGGGUAUUCUGGCAUGGGUGCACGAGGUGGCUACGGUCACGGCACCUGGCCUAAUAGUGUCCUCCGAAUUUCGAGUGCCAUCGCCUUGAAUGAGAUUGUCAACGCUCCCAGUGAGUUCACGAGCAACAAUCCCUUCUACGUUGUGAAGCAACUUGAGUGGAUCCAGACCCGAUACUUGUUCGUUCAGUGCGCGCCAACUUCCGAACAUAUUUCCAUUGGAGUCGAGAAGAAGCCGCAAAACGCUCAUCCACAAGAUCCGCUUCGCACUAUUCGUGGUGCUAGCGAUGUUAUCGCCAUUCCUGCUUCCGCCAUCAAGUCUGGAAAGACUGCUCGUGGCGUGCGUGCCGGCGAUGGCGAUUCGCCAAAGGAUCAGCCACAGAACAAGAAGGCUAAGCUCCUCUUUGGUAGUGCAGCCAACGAUCCCAUCGUCCUGGAUGACGACGAUGAUGACACUGUCAGCGUCGCGACAGAUGUCGCUGAUCUGGAAAUCCUCUUCGACGAGCCACCUGAGCCAAUCGUGGCACCACCUUCCAAGAAUCAGAAGUCAGCCGCAGAAAAGAUUGCAGAUCAGGGACCCAAGACCGACUUCGUGCCCGGCAGUCUGAACUUCAGCAAGCUGCCACUCAUGCCACUCCCAGAGUACGCCAGCACCGCGACUACCAAGCGUCUCAUGAAAGAGCUGCAGAGCUUGCGAAAAGUCCAAGACGCGACACCGCUUGCUGAGCUUGGUUGGUAUAUCGACGUCGACAAGAUUGAGAACGUGUAUCAGUGGAUCGUUGAACUUCACUCGUUCCACACCUUCGAGGGCAAGGGCAAACCACUGCCACUUGCCGAUGACAUGAAGAAGCAGAGGGUGAAGAGUGUCGUCCUUGAGAUUCGCUUCAACAAGGACUUCCCGUUCACACCACCAUACGUCCGCGUCAUCCGUCCACGCUUCCUGUCGCUCGGUCAAGGUGGUGGUGGCCACAUCGUGCUUGGUGGUGCAAUGUGCAUGGAGCUCCUGACCAACACUGGCUGGUCGUCAGUCUCAUCCAUGGAAUCUGUGCUGAUGCAAAUUCGCAUGGCCAUCGCAUCUGAGCCGUACGCUCGACUUUCGCCUGCUAAUGGACAGGGCGACUAUGGCAUAGGUGAAGCUGCUGAUGGUUACGUACGUGCCUGCCACACUCACGGGUGGCAAGUACCACCUGGUUUCAAGGAGAUGGCUUAUGGCCAUGGCAGUAACGGCAAAUACUAG